AUGCAAAAUCCAUCAAUUGGAUUCACAAAAUUCACACUACAUUCAUCAGAGACCUCGCUGCCACCGGGAAGCUGCAAAAAACGAUUUUUUCCCUUCUUCAACGGAGACACGACGGUGUCUGAUGGAGACUCCGAUCCGUGUCUCCGUGAGUCUGCCUCUGUGUCUCACGAAGACACGGUGCCUAUCUCCGCCUCGAGUACGGCUAUGAGAGUACAGAAGAGGAUUUUCCCAAUCCAUUUCUCUCCUACUCGCACGGAGACACGACGCAGUAAGAUUUUUCGAAUGGCAGGGAAAGAGAUGGAAUACAUGGUGGAUUUCUUCAACAAGUUUAUUUUUGAAAUUAAGGGGUUAGGUUUCUGGAGAAAAACCGGAGCAAUUUUAGGAGAACCGGUAGCUAUAUCUAUUUUCAAUGUUACUAGAAUUUUCCUCAAGAUGCAAUUACCUCGGCUUCAGGAGGAAUUAGAAAAUGGUGCAUUUUGCUCUCGAUCCUUAUCUCUCUUAUUGGUGUUUCCGUGUGAUGAGCUACACGAGAUCAACGAGGGAGAAGAGCCGACCGAUGUAAAGAACAUAAAGUCUUCUCCUUUGCCUCCUGACCUCAAUAAAGUAUCUGAACAAAUUGACCAAUAUAUCUCUAAUUUGUCCAGCUUGAAAUAUGAUGAUUCCAAUUCCCCCAAAGUGCCAUUUGCUGAUUAUGUAGUACUAGCCACUUUAUGGGAUGAGCUUUCAAAUUGGAAAAUGCUUCCUUUUGCAGCUGUACAGAUUGGCCAAGCUUUUAGAAACAAGAAAGAUGAACUUUCUGAUGGGGCCAAACCACAACCCCAGCAUGUGGUUACUCCUGAUCCUGCCGAUGAAUCUGAUCAGACUGAAGCCAGAUACUCGAGGGCUAACCAAUACUAUGCAUCUUACACAGCUGGGAUCAAGCUUUUAACUGACAAUGAAGCGGUUGAAUGUACCAUACCGAAAGAUGAUGGCACCUUGGCAUCAUUUGUGGGGUUCAGGGUUGAGCAUAACAAUGCGAGAGGUCCAAUGAAAGGAGGAAUGAGAUACCAUCCCGAGGGUGGAGCCAAAGAACGGAUAGGAUGUCAUCCAGGGGAUUUAAGCAUCUCUGAGCUAGAAAUACUUGCUCAAGUUUUCACACAAAAGAUACACGAUCUGCUUGGAGUCCACACAGAUGUUUCAGCGCCUGAUAUGGGAACAAAUCCACAGACAAUGGCUUGA